GCCACGUCCCUGGCCACGUCGCGCCCGCUUUCGCCAUCUUCGCCGCUUCCUUUCUGGGGCCGCUGCCGCCUCCUGAGCCACCGAGCCCCGGGGCCACCGCGCAGACCGCCGUCGCCAUGAACAUCUUCCGGCUCACCGGGGACCUGUCCCACCUGGCGGCCAUCGUCAUCCUGCUAUUGAAGAUCUGGAAGACUCGCUCCUGCGCGGGUAUUUCUGGAAAAAGCCAGCUUUUGUUUGCACUGGUCUUCACAACUCGUUACCUGGAUCUUUUCACUUCAUUUAUUUCAUUAUAUAAUACAUCUAUGAAGCUUAUCUACAUUGCCUGCUCCUAUGCCACAGUAUACCUUAUCUACAUGAAGUUUAAGGCAACCUAUGAUGGAAAUCAUGAUACCUUCCGAGUGGAGUUUCUGGUGGUUCCUGUGGGAGGCCUCUCAUUUCUAGUCAAUCACGAUUUCUCUCCUCUUGAGAUUUUGUGGACCUUCUCCAUCUAUCUGGAGUCGGUGGCUAUCCUUCCACAGCUUUUCAUGAUCAGUAAGACCGGGGAGGCAGAGACCAUCACCACCCACUACCUGUUUUUCUUGGGCCUCUACCGUGCUUUGUAUCUCGUCAACUGGAUCUGGCGCUUUUACUUUGAGGGCUUUUUUGACCUUAUUGCUGUAGUGGCUGGUGUUGUCCAGACCAUUCUCUACUGCGACUUCUUCUACUUGUACAUAACAAAAGUGCUCAAGGGAAAGAAGCUCAGUCUGCCAGCGUAAGUGCCAAAGACCAUCACCAGCAUCUGUCCUUCAGGGUGCUCGGACAGAAUUCUUACCACAGCAGAGGCACAAGAUGCUUGAUAUGGAAAAUCAGAAACUUCAUGCUGUUUGCAGCUUGUCAUCAGUGGCUCUGUGCUACCCAGAGGAAAAGAACCAGAGGUUUCUGUUUAAUGCAUCUUGCCUUAUCUUUUUUUAUUACUAUGUACAAAGAUUUUUUUACACAAAGAAACUUAAUGCUGUAUUAAUAAAUUCAGUGUGUAGCUUCAAUUGGGGUAGUUCCAAAAGUGAAGGUUUUGUGAGGAAUAAGUGCAAACUUUUUUUUAAUUCUUUGAAAUUUUUUUUUUUUGUCUGCAAUGAAAUUGUACUCCUUGACAGUUGGUAGAUUAUAUAUAUUCUUCCACCUAUCAAAUUUACAUUCCACUAUAUUUAUUUUUUUUGCCAAGAGCUGAGUUAAUAUUUGUUGACAUUUGAGACACUAUGUUAAAUUUAGUAUUUCUGUUCAAACUUCUUCCCACCUGCUGUGGAAAUCCUUCCUUGGACAUCAAAACACUACAGUUAAGGCUGGUAAGGAUGGCUUCCAAGUCUUAACAGUUUGCAUUACCAACUGAGAUUCUAAAUAUAGGUGGAGUCUUAUUGAAGAGUCACCAAGGAUGCCUGCCUUCCUCCCUUGCUAAGAGGUAUCAGUAUAAGAUUGUCCCAAGGGCAUUGGAAAACUCAGUGGGUAGGGGUUCUGGGCUGCUCGCCAUUUGAAUGCAGGACUCAAAGGACUUUAUGACUGUUUAGGAUCUAGGACUUGACUCCUUUGAAGAAUGAAAGACACAUAGUUACCCAUGACUUUUACAGCUCCAAAAGAUUCCUACAACCAUGCUCAGAUUUAAAAUGUUCUUCAUAUUACUUUUGGGUAGUAAUGAUUCACAUUUUUUCUUUAAUUGGCAACACCAAUUGCCAUUUCUUAUAUGCUUACAUUUUUGUUUUGUUUUUACUAAGCUCUUGCAUGAUUUCUCUUGUGUUACCAUCCUAAAUAAACAUUUUAUUAAAUAUAGAAUAAAUUGUCCUUUUUUAUAAAUUAGGCUUUUGGAACAUCCUAUGUCAGGAUGAUAAUUUUUGUUGCUUCAAUUGGCCAUAAGCACUGUGUAAGGGUGCAAACAUUUAUUAUCCAUAUAAUAAUCUAAAACUUUCUGUAUUUUGUGAGAAAAUUGGCACCUCCCCCUUCCUGCCAUUAUAUUGAUUUUACUACUUUUUUUGAUUUAUGCAAAAGUAUCUGACUUUGUUUUUAUGUGAUGCAUCAUAAAUGUUAAAGUGAUGAGUACUAACAGUGCUUACUACAAGGAAGAAGUAGUUUUUUCUUGCUGCAUUAAAAUAUCUUGUGGAAGAAGGGAGCGGGGUGGGUUUUAUUUUUAUUUAGUGUAUCUCAGUAUUUUUCUACAUUGGCAUUGUAAUUCUGUCUCUCUCAUUUUGCUUUCCCCAUUUCCUCAUGGCUUUACUUUUGUGUAUCAAGAGUAUCUUUCUUUCCAGCAUCUUAGUCUUGGGUUAUUUCUGUUUUCAUUCUCCUUUGAAGAUUCUGAGAGUGUGGAGGAAGGUUGGGAAAUCCCAUCAUAAGUGGGACACAGUUUGCUGCCCACACUGCAGGUGGGGGGGGGGGGCAUCUGUUUUCGUGCAUGCAAAUCAAACACAAGCUGGGCUCAUUGACUGGAGAGCACAUCACCUAGAACAAGGAUCUGGGCCCUCAGCACACCUUGACUUAGGAAGUAGCCAUGCCUUCUCCAGUUCUCCCGAAGUACAAAUAAAACUGACUGAGAUGUUACCACCAUUUUGUAGCCAACCAGGAUGACAUCUUAAUAGUGUGCCUGCGUGGGGAAACAGGACUGGGCAGAGUCCUCGCACACAUUGGAAGCAAAGGCCUUGUAUGACACACCUUAUGAAGCACUGUUUCAGAGUUACUUUCACUUCCUGAAUAAAGGUUAUCAGGUAA